UCCCCCGCCGCCAUGUUGGAUGCUGCUGUGCCCCCUCAGGUGAAGCCAGGCACAUCCAUAACUCGGCGCUCCCCCGCCGCGCAUGUUGGAUGCUGCUGUGCCCUCAGCAACAUCGUUAAGUGUCUCAUUGCUUCCUUGAGCUGCUGAAAUUAUUUUCCAGCUGUGAAACAUCUGCAAGAAUGUUCAAAAAUGAAUAUCAGGGUGGCCCGUUUGUUGAAAUAUUCAGUGCACAAGGCAAGAAUCCAGGAGCAAAAUGGAAGAUCUUUGGCAGCCCAUCAGCAAUUUGGAAAGAGUUUGAUAAGGAGGUCAAAGGCUUUAUCUUUGUACUUGAGGGAAGCAGUCAAACCAACAAGAUGCAGCUACCAAAGGAAGCGAGACAGACUCUUGGACUAAUCCAGCAGUUUCUGGUACUUCAGAUUUAUGUACCAUUGGGACAAGACUUCUCCACUGAAUUACUAGUAACUGAUUUAGGAAAUACUAAAAGAAGAUUGUAUUUAUCAACAGUCCAGAAGGAGUUGUCUAUAACUCCUCUGCAUGCAAAAAUUCCUCUUUUUAUGAUCAAGCGCAAAAUAUGGUGUAAUCUGUGUAUUGACUUAGUAGCGUUCACCAGUGAAAUAUUCAAAGGCGCUGUCUUCCAGUCUUUGGAUGGAAUCAUUAUCUCAGCUAAUUGUAAACUCAGAAAAAUCUUCACUUUAAAAUCAAAGCCUCAAGAUACAGCUGAAGGGGAUGAGAUGCAUGGUUUAUUCACAGCUAAUGAACCCACUGAUGUCAUUCCUCGAGCCUGCCAGUUAAAUCUAGAUGUGCCACAAGUUACACAGCUGCUGAACAUGACUAAACUUCGCCAACCAGAAACACGAUUUGGAAGUCAUCCCUUAACUUCAUCAGAAUCAGACCAGUUACUUAAUAGAGGACAAGGCAGUAUCCGCCACUGUAAAACUCAAGAUGUGUCACACAUUGCAUUUGGAUCCAAGGUCCUUGGACCACCUCCACCUUCUGGCAGAAGACUUAGUACCAGGGCAUCUGGAGAGAUAAAACCUGUGGGGAGCCGGAGUAAUAGAUCAUGCCAACAAUCAACUUUAGAAAAGGGAAGCGAAUUGCUACAGCAUGCUGAGCAGUCUGAACUGUCACCCUCGCCAUGCUCCGAGCCUUUAGACCAGGGAGACAAAGAAAACAUUCACCAAACAAAUCAAACGGCAAGUCAAAACGCAGAUCGUCACACCGUGAAGCUCCAUCUACCCCAAGAAUCAUUACCAGACAGGACCAUUCAUAGAAGAUACUGGUUAAAAAAUACUGGCAAAACCCCCCCUGAGAUAAUCAAUGAUGAAUGGUUAUUUCCUGGAAGCCGCAGUGAACGUUCUCACUUGGAUCCCAGUGGGCAGUUGACUCAAUGUGCAACCUACAGGAACUUAGUCGUGCCAUUGAACAGAGAUGUUGAAGGUGAAAGCAAGCAAACAGGCGAACAGCAAAUCAGCCAUAAACAGAUUUUCACAUUUUCAUCGAAGCCUCGAUCAGCUCCUCGUGGGAAGUCCCCGAGUAUGUCACCAGAAAGGUGUAUGUUUCCCUUGGAUGCAGAUGAGACCUGCAGUGGGCUCCGCAGAGAAGCCCAAAUGGAAGAUGACUUCUAUGGAACUGACAGCAGUGAAGAGGAUGACCUCAGUGAGUCCAUGCAGAGCCCUCAAACCAUCAAGAUCAGUCAUGGUACAUCGUUUGAUUUGCCAGUAUUAAAAGUGAUCCCGUUAAAGACGAUGUCAGGAAGUCCCGAACACCAGAAGAGUGAAGGAUGGAGCAGGUGUACCCACGUGGAAACAGUGUCCUCAAAAACAGGAGGCUUGCUUGUGAAAAAAGUAGAUGCUAAUAACACUCAGAGCAGCUUGAUGCCCACCCCCUGUCUUUCUCCAACUGGAAAUAAACCUGACUGUAAAGAAAUCCCAGAGGCCUCUGAAAAGGCUAAGGGGAGUGCAGUUGGUCAGUUAAGAGCAUCAAAUAGUAAGAAGUCCCUCAAAAAAAUCUCAAGAGAAAAUUCAACUCCGGCAACUGAGACAUCUGAAUACGACUGGAGAAAAUACCAGCCAAGUGGCCUGAGCACGUCUGAACUGCAGAUGUUGGCCAGCAUGAAGAGGCAGCAAAGUGAAGACUCUGAGGAUAACGGGGUCCCACAUGGGCUGAGCGCCUCUCAGAUCGACACUUGCAACAUCAGCAUCAGCACGAGCAGCGACGACACGACGACCUGGAACUCCGGCCUGUCACCCCCUGUCAAUCAAGGUCGUCACUACCAGAAAGAAAUGAACCCACUUUCUCAUUCCAACCCACGAGACUGGCUAAACGUGUUCAGCCCGCCCAUCAUCCCGCCGAGCCAGCAGCUAGCUGGGCACACCAACCUGCCUGCAAGUCUAGGCGCUCCAGCAUCUGAUCUUUAUUCUUCAAGAAAUACAGCGUGAUGCUCCAAGACGUGCUCCGCGAGCGCUCUCUCCUUCCUCGUCAAAAAAGGCAAGAUUUUCCUUCCUCUGCAAGAAAGUUUCUCUACUAAGUAAAUGCUGUUACCAUAUAUAUCAGUGCUUCUGAGAGACCUUAACCACCUAGUUGGGGGUAGUCCUGCUUUGAGCGGGGGGCUGGACCAGAGCUCCCGACGGCGCGGUGAUCCUUGGUGUUGGUGCCGACAGUUUCAUAGAAAACGGGAUCUUGAGAAGUGAAAGCAGCCGUGCGCAGCGUUCGCAGGUCGGAUGUACUCAGGCUGCGCGCUCACGCACAGGUAUUUUAAUUGCCGGGUCCCAGUAAAAGACAGUCUCUGACUGGACCCAUUUUUAUGUUCUUGUAUCACUUUGUGACCAAGUCAAGCCAAGGGGGAAAUAGCCCAUACCUUUUCCUCUUGUGGAUGCCGUCCUCCUGUUCAUCAGAAAGAAGCCUGUUGUUGUAGGGGAUUUGUCCGUGGUUCACACGCUCCUGUAACCUUACAGGAUUAGCUUGCCCUUUGGUACCUGGGUAGCUUUGUUAUUCAAGCCCAUCUUGAAGGCAUCUCAAGAACAUCGAGUCUGGGGGAGAGGCAUUUUACAAGUUCAUUUCUUCAAAUGUAAUGAGGAAGCCACUUUCAAAAUUGUCAAGCUUCCUUCCGAGCGAGUCCCCUUGCAGGUGUUACGGUUUUGGCUAAAGAGCACAGAUUCUGGUAAUUAGCAUUUAUUCAAGAGCAAACCCUGCUCUGCUCACAAAGCCUUUAUUUGGGCAAGGCAGCUUAGGUGGCCUUUAGUUUCGCCUGAGUGAGGAACGCAGGAUUCGGCUCUCACCGCGCUAGCCAUUCCCGUCCUAAAACGUCUCCAAGCAUUUGAGACUGUGUUUGACAGAGUAUACACACCUGUCUGCUGCCACUUUCAAACAAGAUGAGUACAGAUGCAGCAGUUAGACCUGAGCUGUCAUUCAGAUGCCAGGACAGGGCCUCGCGUGAGCACUGCCUGGUUACUGCACUCCUCGGGUCGCCCGGCAGAAGACAUGAAAGAUGUCAGACCCUGGCCAGGCCUUUAUCACGGCAUCCUUCAACUGGUGCUUUCAGCAGUGCGUUCGUGGCUUAACUUUGCCUUACUCCUUUUUCCUGGGGAGACUUCUAGACAAUGUUAAACAAGACGACAGGCAUACUGGUAUGUGAACAAACCUUUUUUCCCUGCUAAAAAAAGCACAGGCUUGGAGAGACAGAAAUUGGAGCUCGUUUAAUGGUGCACCUCUGGGUGCCACAUUAUUCAAAUAACUUCUUACUUCUCCAGAAAAGGUUAAAGGGAAUGUGUUACUCACAGGAAAAGUGAGCUACAGGCAUUUCUACUGACACUGUCCUAACCCUCUGCUUAUUAUACACAGCGCUCUGCCACAGCAGUUAUCUGCAGGAUGAUGGCUCUGAAUUUCUGUUCAGAAUAAUGUGUUCAAAUGUCACAGAAUUAGUCCAGGUGAUAACUGGCAAGCGGUUUAAAAUGAUAGGUCUCUGAAUUGUUUGUAAUUAUAGCUCCCAGUUAAUGCAUGUUCUGGAAUCAAGUGAAAAAUGUGUUUGCUAAUAGCAGUUUGGCAUAAGAUCAGAUUGUGCUUCCUCGUGCAGUUGCCUUCCUUGGCAGACACGUGCGUCCCCCACACGCUGUUGUGAUCGUGGGUGCCGGUGGUAUCCGCACGCUGCACUUACAGACCUUGUGCACUGCCGUGCAGACACUUUCCCUUUUCGUGCUAGUCCCAUGGCCAAUUCAAAAGGUUGCUUGACAUGAUAGUUUGCCCUUUAAGGCUCAUCUCCUAGGCUAUGAAAAAUCGGGCCGAUCCACAAUGUGCUGUCGUGGUUUUUGGAACUGGACAGUUUCUAUUCCCCGUUACUGCCCCGGGUCUCCCCAUCUCAGAGGUGCGGUCUGCUGUUGCAGGGCAGCGCCGAGUCCAGACUGCCUCCUGGUUCCUGGGUGUCUUUGAACGGUGACUUCCUUGGACAAAAGCAGUUGGUUGCACAAACGUGUGUUGGGAGAGUCGAAAUCUCCAGCGGACCAGCAGAUAGACCAGUCUUGUACCAUGCAUCUCUGCCUGGGGGAAACGCUGAUGCGCUGAUAGGGCUUUUCGAACUGCCUCUUGAGAACGAUGGUGACUCUAGCACCGCAGCACAGUGACUAGCACGAGUCCUCACCUGGGUGGAAAAAUUGAAGUUCUUUAUUUCAGCUUGUAUAAAUAGCAACAGCUCCUUCCCCACGUCCCUGUCAAACUGGUUGUGAAGUAGAAAGCCACUUAUCGAGCAUUUAGAUCACUUGAAGUGUUCGAAAUACCCCUUUGAAAAGAGAUGCUAUUUCCCAGCGACAGGCUGCAGCACGGGAGAGCUCUGCACAGGGUUUCCAUCGCUUGCGAACGCUGCUCCUUUGUGUAGUAACGCUUCUCCGAGUCGGGAGCCUGCAUCUUCCAAACGGAGCGUGCCGUGGUUUUCUCCUUUUCCCUUCCUUGUUCAGCAGCAAGUCCUCUGCCCCGCCAUGUUGUUUCAAUAGGCAUUUAUUUUAAAUCAAACCAUCUCGCUUUCACUACUAAAAAACACAGGCAUUACUGAGUAGCAGGGAGGUCUCUUGGGAUCAUUAAUUUAGGCUGAUCGCCUUUGUGAAAAGCCGCAUGUCUUUGACAUCUUGUAGGUCCGGUGUCAUGAUAACAUGAACAACUGCAACAAGUCCACAAGCAACUGAGGCUCUGCUACAACUAAAGGGUCUUUGGUCACUGAGACUCCUCCAUCAUCACUCCGUGAGCCCAGGACGAAGCAUUUCGAAGGUGAAGCCCAGGAUAGCCUCUUGGUCUGCCAAUUUGUCAAAGUCAUCGUUUAUGCUGAAAACGGCAAGUCUAAAGGAAGCGCACCGAUUUCCUCCUAGCACUUACGUGCGGCACUGACUUGUGGUUCACCAGACUCACCUCGUUCCCAGGAGUGUGGCCUUUCAAGCAUGUAUAAACCUGGGCUCAGACCAGCAAACUGUUUGCAGAGUCCCCGUGUCGGACAGGAUCCCAGAGCACCGAGCAGUGCGAGGAAUGCAAUCAGUUUUCAUAAGCCUGCGCGAACGCUCCCGAGCCCUGCUGCGAAGACGCAGAAGUCAGCGCUAGCUCGGUGGGUGCUGCCUGGAGUCAGCACACCUCCAGGGAAGGCCAUCAAUCACAGACCUCUCUGCACGCGCACAUCCAGCAAGAGACACUCCUCGGCUCACUUCUAGUUGUAAGGGGCAGCAGACCGCCCCUUGUCAGCUGGAUUUUGAAUACUGUGGGGUUUUUCUUCAAACCUUGAACUCAGUCAGGCCCCAGCGUGUCCUCAUGGGCCCUUCCCCUGAGGUUUGCUGUUUGCCUAGUUGAAAAUGUUCCCUACAUUACAUAGGACAGCCCAAUCCAUUUCUGAUGUACCCUCCUUCUUCCCUUUGCUCUUAGACCCCAGCUGUCUUUUCCAAGGCCCCAAGGAAGGUGCUAAAUUGAAUCCUGAUGUGCCCGAGAGUCCCAAAGGAGCUCACUGCUGUCUCUGGGACACCUGCCCAACCGCCACGCUGAGCUCCCCGUGGAAACUGAGUAACAGGUAUGGGCUGUCGAACGCAGGUUCGACACUGCCGCCCACUGAACAGCCCCUGGGCGAACGUGCAGGACGUUGGUCCCGAACAGGCGCAGAGCUGGAGCCCACCAGCUGCCUCCACGGCCACAGGGACCAGGUGCUGGCGCUCCACUACCGGCACAGCUCCGCUCGGGCCAUGGCCAUCCAGCCACCGUGUCAGAGAGACGACCGCCAAGGUUUUGUGCCCCGAGACAUACUUUUGAAACCUGUUUUGGUUAAUAAUUGUCCUGAGCACUGCAAGAACCUUCUCCAUCGUCUCUCAUUAUAUAAUGAGGCUUACGGGGAGACGGGGGCAUGUAAGCAGUGACCUACAUGUGCAAUACAUAUCUAUAAUAAUAAAACCAAUCUGUCUUUGUU